CAACGGGCGGACUCAGAACAGCUCGCCACGGCUUGCGCGUCCCGUGCGUAACGUGAUGACAGCUCCCCCUACGGAGACCCACAGUCACCCGUGGACCACCGUGGGCCACUUUCUGCUGCCACCAUGCGCUCUCCUGACCUCCGGGUUCGGUAAAUAGGAAGCAACACGGCUCACUGCGCCCGGGGGGAAGAAGCGUCGCCGCUGGGGAGGGAGGAAAGUUGUGUCGCUGAAAGGGGAGGCAACUCCUUUCCACAACACCACCUCCACCUCCACACAUCACCGGCCCGAAGAAGAAGUUGGAUAUCUAGUCUGACUGGGUCUAACGGCCUGAUCCGGGGAUUUCAACCGGGCACAGCAACAGUUUCCAGGUUAUGAGGAAUGGAAGCGGGCUCGGUGGUGCGCGCCUUGUUUGAGUUCCUCCCCAGCGUCUCGGAGGAGCUCCCGCUUUUCCCCGGGGAUCUCAUCGAGGUGCUGGGUGUCGUGGACGAGUUCUGGUUGCUUGGCAACAAAGAUGGCGUCACAGGUCAGUUCCCCAGCACCUUCGUGGAGGGGGUUACAAUCCCCAGCACCAAGCCUGGAGACAGACUCUAUGUGUGCAUCAAUGAUUUUUCUUCAGCAGACUCAGGGACUCUGCCUUUGAAGAGAGGUGAUGUGGUGGUGGGAGAGACAGGAGGGUCCGUGAGCCAUGGGGACUCCUGGCAACGAGGCUAUAAUGCUUGGGGUCUCCGUGGUGUCUUCCCAGUGUCAUGUGUGAAGGAGCUGAACCUCUCCGGUCGAUCGAGGCAGCUGUCUGAGCGUUCGGCUCAGGCCCAGGCUUCAGAGCUCCCACCUUACGCACUAGGUCAGGCCCGGGCUGUUAUGAGCCUCCAUGCGCAGCUCAAUGAAGAACUGGACUUCCGUGAGGGGGACUUGAUCAUCAUCACAGGACUUCCCGAGCCAGGCUGGUUUCAGGGGGAAUUAGAGGGCCACAGGGGUAUAUUCCCAGAGGGCUUUGUUGAACUCCUGUGUCCUCUUCGGUCUCCUCAAGUCCCGGAUGACGGCCAAUAUUUAAAUGAAGACACUCAGCAGUUAAUCUACAGGGAUGCUUAUGUUGCUGGAGAGGGGACCGAAGAGGAAGUUAUGGAAGACGGGGAGGUUUUUCUUGAUCAAGAAGAAGAAGAACAGCAGCAAGAAGAUGCCAGGGAGGAAGAACACCAGGAGGAGGAGGAGGAGGAGGAGGAGGAUGGUCUGUAUGGAGUUGCGCUGUAUGAGUUUCGGGCCAUAGAGCCUGGCGAAUUGGACUUUGACGUGGGCGAUCGCAUUCGUAUUGUGAACACUUUGGAAGAUGGUUGGCUGGUAGGGGAACUGCGAGGGCAGCGGGGAGUCUUUCCUCAUCGUUUCAUCAAAAUUAAGGAAAAUGAGCACAAAACUUCAGAGGAAAAAGGUGUUGAAGAAGAGAAGGAGAAUGGAGGUAUUGAAGAAGACUCCAACCAUACAAGUCCCAAUGGGUCACAAAAUGCGCCUGAACUGAGGGUGUAUGAGGACCAUACUGUUUGGGACUUGGACUACUUUGAGAGGACUGAGGAGCAAAGCUUACAUGAAGAUAACAGCGCUGCAGCUCAGACUAACACUAGGGAGCAGAAUGAAAUGAGCAAAAGACCUGAGAGACAGCCACAUAGACCUGUCCCCCCUCCUCACAGGCCACCCGAGAGACCCAGAUCUACUCCACCGGCGAGGCCCCGACUACCUCCUCGGCCAAGCCUACCUCCACAUCGCUCUGGGCGACAGGUCAGCCCAAAGUCCAAUGGAACCCAGUCCAACUAUAACAACCGUAACAGUCGACCAUUACAACCCAAGCGAACUCGGAGCCUUCAUAACUGUCAGCCUGGUUGGUCAAAAGACGAGAUGUAUCCCCAGAGAUUGCCAGCCGAAAUUACCUCCACCACUAGCAAACCACCUAGUCUUGGCCAGACAUUAAAUACCAUCAAAGAAGGGCACAGACAGCAAAGACUCGCUCGCCAUGCCAGCAUGAGUGAUGUUGACAUGAAGCAAAGUGCUGUUGCACCCUCACAUUCCCAGAAUAAGACUCGAGGUCCUAACAGGACACUCCCAACAUCCAUAACCUUGGACGUCCUGGAAACGUCGGCCGUUGACCUGGAAGCCAAGCUGUCCCAGCAGCUUUUCGAGUUUGAGAAAAGCUUGACUACGUCUUACAGUGAAACCAAUGUGAGCUCUGGUGGUUUUAGGGACGCUUCGCCCUCAGCUGAGCUGAACCAGCAGUCCCAAGUCUCCCGGCACUUUUCCAUCCUGGGCUACAGCGACGAAAACGACAUCAUCCGAGGCUCCUCACAUUCCCCGGUCUCCAACCUUUCGCCUUCUAACACCUCCUCAUUAGAGAGACGCAGAGCCCUUCGUCCCCCUCCUCCUCGCCCUCCAGUCCAGCGCCCACCGCCCCCCGCAGCGUACAGACCAACUCGUCCUGCUCCGCGCCCCCCUCCUCGCUCUCCAAGACAAAACUCCUCUUAUCCAGCCUUCGGGGCCAGAACAAACAGCCCUAUCUUCCACGACCAUGACAAAACAGCCACCAAUGUCCUCGCCGAGAUUCAUGGCGACUCAGGUGAACCCCAGGCCACCCAUGAACACGAAACCCCACAGGAUACAGAACAGGACCUGAACAGGGAGGUGGAGGCAGAAAUUGAGAGACAGAAAGACGAGGAGGAUAGGUAUCAAGUGCUCCUUCGGCUCCAGGAAGUGGAGCAGGAGAUGGAGGAAUAUGCUCAGACUGCAGAGGAACUCAGCUCAAUGUUAGAGGAGGAGGAAGAUGAGACGGUGCGCAUUCAGACCUUAGAGAAUCUGGAGUUCUGCAACUACACACUGGAGACUCUGGCCCUGGAGCAGCAGCAGCUACAAGAGAUGACGCUGCUGUCGUCCCAGCCCAAACACCUGGACUCCGCCCCGGUCUCUGAGGAAGCCCCCGCUGCUGGCACGGGCCCCGAGGAUCCUGAGCAAAGGAUGCUGGAGAAGAGGUCCAAGGUCAUCGAUGAGCUGCUGCACACAGAGGAAGACUACAUCAAUGACCUGCAGAUGUGCAUUGAUGAGAUCAUUUUGCCCCUGCGGGAGAAGAAGUUAAAAGUGGACUUUGAAGGACUCUUUGGGAACAUCAGCUCUGUGAUUGAUCUGUCCGAACGGCUGUUAGCGGGACUGCAAGAUACAGACUCAAUAGGAGGCGUCUUUCUGAACCUCAGAGCUGAGCUGGAGGAAGUGUACAAGCUCUACUGCCAAAACCACGACGAUGCCAUCUCCCUGCUGGAGACCUACGAGAAAGAUGACAGCAUCCAGCGCCACGUGUUGGAGUGCCUUGAGAGGCUGAGGGCAAUAUACCGCGAACAGGACAAAGCGAAUUACAUCAACCUCGGCUCGUUCCUGAUCAAGCCGGUGCAGCGGGUGAUGCGUUACCCGCUGCUGCUGACGGAGCUGCUGGGCGCCACGCCAGACAGCCACCACGACCGGCUCCAGCUGACCAACGCUGUGCAGGCCAUCAAGCAGAUCAACGUAAACAUCAAUGAGUACAAGCGGCGAAAGGAUCUUGUGGUGAAGUACAGGAAAGGAGAUGAAGACUCCUUCAUAGACAAGAUCUCCAAGCUGAGCAUGCACUCCAUCAUUAAAAAGUCCAACCGAGUCAGCAGCCACAUCAAGCACCUCACAGGCAUUUCUCUCCAGAUUAAAAGUGAAGAGUUUGACGAUGCUGAGAAGAAGUUCAGGCUGCAGGAGAGACUCAUCAAGUCUUUCAUCAGAGACAUUUCCAUGUACCUGCAGCAUAUCAGGGAGUCGGCGUCCGUGAAUGUCUUGGCUGCCAUCAGUUUGAGCGACAUCUACACGGAGCGCAGCGUGCUGGACCCUGAGCGCUUCCAGAGAGCCCACCGCAGCAUCAGCGACAAACAGUUCACUCUGUUCAAGGAGCGCACCGAGAUGCUGGUCAUCAAACCGCUCUCUCAGCUCCUCGUCAUGUUCGCCGGGCCACACAAGCUCAUCCAGAAACGCUUCGACAAGCUGCUCGACUACGACAACUGCAAGGAGCGCGCCGACCGGCUGAAGGACCGGCGCGUGCGAGACGAGCUGCAGGUGGCCCGCAACAACUACGAGGCGCUGAACGCCCAGCUCCUGGACGAGCUGAAGAAGUUCAACGCCGUGGCGGAGGACUUGUUCAAAGGCUGCGUGAGAGGCUUCGCCCAGGCCCAGAAGGACUUCAUGAGGAUGACGCUGGGAGAGCUGCAGCCCCUCCUGCAGUUUUCCAACAAGGUGGGCUCAGAGGGAAACCUGAUCACCAAGUUUCAGGAGGAGUACAACCAGGUGCUGAAACUCCUGCAGAGCUUCAGCUUCUGCCCGGAUAACCUGCCGCAGCCGGCCGCCGCCUCCAAGAAGAAGACGCUGGAGAAGCAGACCGCUAAGAAGCCGCCUCCACACCACCCCGUGCAGACAGACAAGUGCCGCGCCGCCCUCCUGGCUAGUUACGGCCCCGAGAAGCUCUACCAGGCGGACAGGAACUUCAACGCCGCCCAGGAUCUGGACGUCUCCAUACAGGAGGGGGAACUCGUGGGUGUGAUAAAGCAGCAGGACCCCCUGGGAAGCAACAACCGCUGGCUGAUCGACAACGGAGUCACCAAGGGCUUCGUGUACAGCUCCUUCCUCAAACCCUACAACCCACGCAGGAGCCAAUCAGACGUGUCCAUCGGGAGCCAUUCGUCCAACGAGUCCGGCUACGGAGGCUCCUCCCCCGUUUUCUCCCGCCAGAACAGCAACAGCACUUUAACCUUCAACCCGGAGACGGGCGUCGCCAGCUUCUCCACGUCGCAGCCGCAGAGCCACCCCUCGCCGCAGCCGUCGCUGGACUCCGCCUCGUCUCGCCGGGGCCAAGCCAAAGAGGCGGGGCCCAACCCCGACGCCCCGGCCCAGGGCCACUCGAACCGCAGAGACUACGCCGACCGGACCCACAGGAGCGCCGCCGGUCACAGAGACUCGGAGCCGCCGCACCGGCUCAGAGAUCCGUACGACUCGCGCUACGAGAGCCGAAACAGAGACGCGUCGGACUUGUCCGAGACGGACUCGUCGUCGUCUCAGAAGAACGGCGGCAGAAGCAGAAGGCAUGGACUGGCAGAGAAAAGUUCACAGCAGUGGAGGAAUGGAGACGGCACCAUCCCCAGGAAGUCCGCGUACGCCCGGGAGGAGUACCAUGAGCCGGAGCCAGAACCAGAACCAGAACUUGAAGUGGACGGUCAUCAGAUUUACUACGCCCUGUACUCCUUCAAGGCGCGCUGCGACAACGAGAUGAGCAUCACGGCUAACGAGCGGCUGCACAUCCUGGAGUUCCAGGACAUGAACGGCAACGGCGACUGGUGGCUGGGCGAGGCCGACGGAGGAAGACGGGGAUACGUGCCUUCCAACUACAUCCGCAAGUCCGAGUACACAUGAGCGGGCCCUUUCCCUCCAGGAGCGCGCUCCGACCUCAGCAACUUGGCGAGCAUCGACAGAGCAAAAAGGAAAACGAAGAGAGAGCCCAAGCAUCUCGCUGUGACUUAUUGUGAAACCGUUUGAUUAUGGAGGGCGAGUGUUGCACAUCUCAAGCUCUUGGCAUCAUUAUUUGCCUGUAUUUAUAUACUUUUUUUUUUGUUAUAUAUAUUUUUUUACUGACUGGAAGGUGCACUUUGACCUACUGUUCCCAGACUACAACCAGCGAGUUGCCAUAUUCUCUGGUGCCGUCGGCUUGCCUGCUGCAGUAAAACAUUGGAGGACUGCAGUGGGAAAGAACAUAUUUGGGGUUAUUUUGCUUCCAGGACAGUGCAGGAGCGUUAGGCGGUAAAGAUUUCUGGCUUGCCUGCCAACAAUCAACCUUAGAGGCACUUACUUUGGCCACACGUUUGGGGUGUCUGCCGAACGAACGCCACCGGCUUGGAGUGUUGCGUGGGAGUAACACAAACCCCUCUGGGUCCAGAUUGGGACAACCUUAAGAGUUUACAAGCUCUCCUUUUAAUCUUCUCAGCUGCCUGGUUUGCUUUUCCAACCAGGGAGGCUGCAUCUUCCUCUAAGGAACGUAGCGACCUGAUUCCAUUCCUCUUCACACUCCUCCCAGAUAUAUUUUGUGGCCAUAUAAAGCUGUAUAAAAAGACUUGUUUCCCCACCCCCGAUGUAAAAUAAUCAUGUUUGAAUAAAACACUCCUCUGAGGAAUCUUUAACCUG